AUGCGCCUCGUCGGCCUUGCACUGCUUCCACUAGCAGCUGCAGUUCCCCAUGCCUCACACAACUCAUACUCGACUUAUGACUAUGUUAUUGUCGGGGGUGGCACCAGUGGCCUUGUUGUUGCAAACAGAUUGUCCGAGCAGAAGGACACCACCGUUCUCGUGAUCGAAGCGGGCGGCCCCGUAUAUAACAACCCAAAUGUGACCGACACUCUUGGAUACAGCAAAGCCUUCGGUACAGAAAUUGACUGGGCUUAUAAAACGACAGGCCAAGAAUAUGCCGGUGGUGCCCCACAGACAGUACGCGCUGGAAAAGCACUGGGAGGAACCUCAACCAUCAACGGCAUGGUGUACCUCCGUGCCCAGGCAGCCCAGAUUGAUGCUUGGGAGACUGUUGGAAACAAGGGCUGGAACUGGAAGAGCAUGCUCCCCUACUUCAAGAAAAGCGAGAAAUUGCAAGAUCCGGCGCAAUACCCUUUCUUGGAUGGAUCGGGUGUUGCCUUCGAUCCGGCAUACCACGGAUUUACUGGGCCCUUGAAGGUUGGCUGGUCUUCAACACAGUUGAAUGAUGGUCUUGCUCAGAAAAUGAAUGCUACCUACCAGAACCUCGAGGUUCCUGUUCCGUACAACCGGGACCCCAACAGCGGAGAUAUGGUUGGUUACAGUCUGUAUCCCAAGACGGUUGAUGCCGAUCUCAACAUCCGUGAGGAUGCUGCUCGUGCCUACUAUUAUCCUUACCAAAGCAGAACCAAUCUCCACGUUUGGCUCCACACACACGCCAACAAGCUUACCUGGAAGGAUGGCAACGAGGCCACCGCAGAUGGUGUCGAAGUCACUCUCUCCAACGGCACAACCAUCGUCGUGAAGGCUACCUGUGAGGUAAUUCUCGCUGCCGGCGCACUGAAGUCACCCGUGCUGCUUGAGCUUUCCGGUGUAGGAAAUCCAGACAUUCUCUCCAAGUACGGAGUCGCCACCAAGAUCAACCUGCCAACUGUCGGCGAGAACUUGCAGGACCAAAUGAACAACGGGCUCCAGUUCGACUCAAAGACAACCUACGGCGGCGACAAGAGUGCCGACUACGUCGCCUACCCCUCUGCAGCCCAGCUCUUCCCCAACUCUACCGCAGUUGGAGCCGAGCUUCUUCGCAAGCUCCCUGCAUAUGCAGCCCAGGUUGCUUCCGCCAACGGUAACAUUACCAAAGCCAGCGACCUAUUACAAUUCUUCAAGAUCCAGUGGGAUCUGAUCUUUAAGGAUGGUAUUCCCGUCGCGGAGAUUUUGCUCGAGCCAUUUGGAGCCAUGUACGACACUGAAUACUGGGGGUCUGUUCCGUUCUCUCGCGGUAGCAUUCACCUCUCUUCUGCAGACCCCACGGCCGCGGCUAUCAUUGACCCGAAGUACUUUAUGCUCGACUUUGAUUUCGAGGCUCAGGUGCAGGCAGCGCGGUUUAUUCGUGAGGUUUUCAAGACCAAGCCAUUUGCCGAUAUGGCUGGUGCUGAGACCAGCCCUGGUCUGUCUGCUGUUGGUGCUGAUGCUGGUGACGAUGGCUGGGCUGAUUUCAUCAAGGGUAACUACCGAUCAAACUUCCACCCGAUCAGCACAGCUGCUAUGAUGCCCAAGGAGGUUGGUGGUGUCGUCGACUCAUCCUUGAAGGUUUACGGAACCUCGAACGUCCGUGUCGUGGAUGCUUCCGUCUUGCCUUUCCAGGUCUGUGGUCACCUUCAGAGCACCGUGUAUGCGGUUGCUGAGCGUGCGGCCGAUAUCAUCAAGGGCGAGCUGUAA